GCGGUGCAGGCAGUGAAAACGUCAUCCCAGCGGAAGCGUAGGUCCAGCGUGUAUAGUCACGUGUGACCGACCCUUACUAUAAUUGACGUGAUUCACAUUCAUGUUUACCUUUUAAUCCUCGCUACGGGAGGAGGAUGGGCAGAGCUCAUGGAUCGAGGAAAAAAGCCGGCCGGCCGCCGCAGUCCAACAUGGCCGUGGACCCUGACACGGCGACCCUUGACCCUGACAUUGCGACGGAGGUGGAGGAGCUCUUCAGCAAGCGGAGAACGUUCACCAAACCGUCCAGCGAGGAGUGGCUGCUCCCCGACCCCAACGAGGUCCUCACCCACCCCCAGCAGCAGCACCCCGAGCUGCAGGCGCUGAAGGCGUCCCUGAACGCGGUGAAGAGCCGGCUCAGUGACCAGGACCUCUCCAAGUGGCAGUGGCACACCGGCUCCACCAACCGGGCGGGGAAGGUCAUCGCCGCCUUGCGAUCGGCAGCCAACGCAGAGAUCUGCACGCAGGCCUGGUGUAAGUUCUACGAGAUCCUGGGGACCUUCCCGCUGCUCCCCGAGGCGGCGGUGGCGGCAGGGGCGCUGAACACGGUCCACCUCUGCGAGGCGCCCGGCGCCUUCGUCUCGGCGCUAAACCACUACACCCAGACCAGCGAGGCCACCCGCUACUGGGACUGGGCCUGGGCGGCCAGCACGCUCAACCCCUACCACGAGGGCAACGGCGGCCACGCCACGGUGGCCGACGACCGGCUCAUCGCCAACACUCUACCCUGGUGGUCGUUCGGCUCGGACAACACGGGCGACCUCACCAGCCUGAAGAACCUGCUGCAGCUGCAGGGCUUCGUGGCCCACAUGCCGCGGGUGGACCUGGUGACGGCGGACGGCAGCUUUGACUGCCUGGAGGCCCCCGACGAGCAGGAGGCGCUGGUGGCGUCGCUGGUCCUCUGCGAGGCGGUGGCCGGUCUGCUGCUGCUCAGCAGCGGGGGCGCGCUGGUGCUCAAGAUGUUCACGCUGUACGAGCACUCGUCCGUGUGCCUGCUCUACCUGCUCAACUGCUGCUUCAGCUCCGUCAGCGUCUUCAAGCCCGCCACCAGCAAGGCGGGGAACUCGGAGGUGUACGUGGUGGGGCGGGGCCACUACGGCAAGGAUGCGGCCCGGCCGCUGGUGGCGAAGCUGCUCCGGAGCUACGGGCCGGGCAUGGCGGACGGGCCGGCGCUUUUCCCCGCGGCGGUGAUCCCGGCGUCGUACCUGCGGCAGCACCUGGAGGUGUGCUCCUACUUUCACGAGCGGCAGGUGGCCACCAUCACGGAGAACCUCAGCCUGUUCCCCUUGAUGAGCGCCGAGCAGAGGGGGCGUCUGGAGCGCCUCAGGGACCUCACGGCCCAGCAGUACCUGCUCCGCUUCAGGGUGAGCUUCCUGCCACGCGGCCGCUGGCUCUCCCGCGGCGCCGUAAGCCCCGCCUUCCUCAGUGUGGCGGGGGGGGGGCGGCCGGCGGGACUCAAGCGCCACAUGGGCUCCUUCAACGCGCGGCGGGAGCUGCGGGGCCUGAGCUGGUGGCAGCGCCUGGAGCGUGGUCGCCACGGCGACUGGGUGAGGCCCCACUGCGACGAGGAGGGGGGCGACGUGCUGGAGGGGCCGGCGGACUGCGCCCCCAUUUCCUGGUUCACUGUCGCGGGGGCGGCGCUCUCGGAGGUGAGGAACUCCCCGUUCUGCCAGGGGGGGCUGCUGGGCCAGCUGAAUGAGGCGCUGGGGGGGGCCGCGCCCUCCGCCUGGGACCGCCUCCCCCCCUGCGGCGCCUGCCAGGCGGGCCCCGCCGCCGCCGCGCUGGGCCAGGUGGCCCCGCCCGGUGACGGGGGCGGGGCCCGGACGCGUUGCCUGGUGGUGGGCGACCGGGUGGUGUGGGCAGCGGCCGGGGGCCAGAGCCCCGCCCUCACGCUGUCGUUCUCCGAGGAGCCGGCCUUCCCAGAGGGGGGGCUGCUGGUGCUGCACGACGGUGAGCCGGGGUACCAGAGGGCGCUGCUGGGGGUCCUGCUGGGGGCCCUGGGGGGGCUGGGCCCCGGCGACGCCCUGCUGCUGCCCCUGCUGGCGGCCGCCACGCGGCUCAUGGCUGGCCUCGUCUUCUGCCUCCGCGCCGCCUUCCGCUCGGUCGCCUUCCGCUGCCCCUCCCCGGGGGGCCGGGUGGGGGCGCUGCUGCUCUGCUCCGGGUUCUGCCCCGAAGCCGCCGCCCCCCUCCUGUCCCCGCUGGCGGACCUCCGGGACCACAUGGAGCGACUGGCCGAGGGCGCGGACCAGUCCUCGGAGGCCCCGCAGCAGGUGCUGCAGUUCGUCCCUAUGGAGGAGCUCCUGGGGGGGGGGCUGACGGAGUUCCUCUCCGCCCUGAACUCGUCCGUCGUCCGGCAGAAGCUGCACCUCCUCCUGCAGAGGCCCGGGCCCUGA